AUGGUAAAUAUUGAGGUUCCGCUGCCGCAAGGCGCCGGGUACGCAGUCGUUGUGGGACUCGGAUUCGUAUUUGCUUUUGGUAUGAUUUUAACCACGUACGUGCUGAAAAGAUACCAGAAGGAGAUCAUCACUGCAGAAGAGUUUGCGACCGCGGGUAGAACCGUGAAAACGGGUCUGAUCGCCGCUGCUGUCGUUUCCAGUUGGACCUGGGCCGCGACGCUGUUACAAUCAACCUCGAUGGUGUACAAAGUGGGGAUUUCCGGUGGUUACUAUUACGGAGCGGGCGCGUGUUUCCAGAUCAUUGCAUUCGCGACGCUCGCGAUCAAGGCCAAGCAGAAGGCUCCCAACGCGCAUACGUUUCUCGAGAUCAUCUACGCCCGCUACGGUAAGGCCGCUCACGGUGUGUACCUUUUCUACGCUCUCGCGACCAACAUCCUCGUGACUGCCAUGUUGCUCACAGGUGGCUCGGCCGUCGUCUCUGAUCUAACCGGGAUGAAUACUAUCGCAGCCUGUUUCCUCCUACCCGUCGGCGUCAUUAUCUACACGCUUUUCGGUGGUAUUAAAGCCACAUUCUUGACCGAUUACCUGCACACCAUCGUCAUAGUUGCGAUCAUCAUGACUUUUGCAUUCACCGUCUACGCCACGAGCGACGAGCUGGGUUCCCCAGCCAAGGUCUACGACCUCGUGCGCGAAGCUGCUUUGAGACACCCAAUUGAGGGCAACGCGGGCGGCGAGUACUUAACCAUGAGAUCCAGAUCAGGCGGCAUUUUCUUCGUGAUCAACCUGGUUGGUAACUUCGGUACCGUCUUUCUGGACAACGGGUACUGGAACAAAGCCAUCUCCGCGUCUCCUGCGGCCAGUUUGCCAGGCUACGUCGUUGGUGGUGUCGCUUGGUUUGCCAUUCCUACACUUACCUCCACUGUCAUGGGCCUUGCCUGCUUGGCGCUCGAGACCAGUCCUAACUUCCCAACUUAUCCCGAUCGGCUCAGUGCGGACCAAGUGUCCGCGGGCUUAGUGCUACCUUCUGCCGCGGUCACCAUUCUGGGUACUGGUGGGGCUGUCGCUGCGCUUUUGCUGAUUUUCAUGGCAGUUACAUCUGCGAUGUCCGCUGAAUUAAUUUCUGUGUCUUCCAUUUUCACUUACGAUAUUUACAGAACUUACGUCAACCCCAACGCGAGUGGGAAAAAGUUAAUUCUGUCCUCGCACGCAACCUGUGUCAUAUUCGGUUUCGCUAUGAGCGGAUUUUCUGUGGGUCUCUACUACGCCGGUAUUUCAAUGGGUUAUCUUUACGAACUCAUGGGCAUUAUCAUCUCGUCGGCGGUGCUCCCAGCGGCGUUGACUCUUUUCUGGAAGCAGCAGAACAAAGUUGCAGUCAUCGUUUCUCCUAUACUGGGUACCGCUUUGGCCAUUAUGGGGUGGCUCGUGUGUACCAAGAGCCUGUUCAACGUCGUGACUGUCGAUACAACCUUUGAGGAUGACCCGAUGUUGACCGGCAAUGUUGUCGCACUUCUUUCGCCCAUGGUCUUCAUCCCUAUCUUGACGUAUGUGUUCAAACCUCAAAACUUUGACUGGGAUCGCCUCAAGAGCAUCACCAGAGCUGGUGAAACCGAAGAAAUUCUAGCAAACGAAGGUAGUGUAAGAGAAGUAGAGAGCGACGCGGAGUCAAAUACCGACAAAGAAAAACUCAAGGGGGUGAAAUCUGUCACUUCACUUGCUGAUGACAUACCCGAGAAGAAACUGGAAGCUAUGAGACUUGAAGAAGAGGAAAAACUGAGAAAAGCCAGCAAGAUCGCUUCAUGCUUGUCCAUAUUUUUCGCAAUUUCACUCCUCGUGUUGUGGCCCAUGCCAAUGUAUGGUUCCAAUUAUAUUUUCAGUAAGAGAUUUUUCACUGGUUGGGUGGUUGUCCUGAUAAUUUGGAUUUUCCUAACUGCUUUUGCUGUCUGUCUCUAUCCUUUGUGGGAAGGUAGACAGGGGCUCUACACUACCGUAAGAGGAAUUUAUUGGGACUUGUCUGGACAGUCUUACAAACUCAGAGAAUGGCAGGAAUCCCAUCCUGAAGAAUUACAUGUGGUGCAAUCUCAAAUAAGUGCCCGAAUGCAUUCUCAAAGGAGGUCCGCGGAUGUGGUCAUUGAUGAUGUCAUAACGGAGUGA